AGCAUUAUUAGUAAUAGGGAAAGUAUUUUACAAAAUAAUAUAUGAAUUCAAAUAUUAUUUAAAUAUAUUAACUCUUUUAUGACAAAUAGUUUCUUUAGGUUUGUCUAUAAUAUAAAUUUAAUAACUUAUUUAGUAAUAACAAUAUGAGUGGCAAAAAUAACCAAGAUCAACCAUUUAUAAAAGAUCUUGAUAAAUUAUUUGAUAAAGAAUAUAAAAAUGUGUUAAAGAAAAACAAACAACAAAAGUCACCAAGCUACAGGCCUACUGCAUCAAGUUCAUUUUACUCCGGUGGCCACGACUACGAUGAUCAUGGUACUGGGUGCUUCCCAAGUAUGACAAAUAUUUUCGGUUCUCCCACCUACGCCGAUAAAGUCAUAACGUACGUUCCUGAUAAUAAAAAUUAUGGACCUGGAUACAAUUUACUAGAUAAAGAAAAAGCAAAGGCUUUUAAGGUAGAGGAGGAACGGAGGGAACGGGAACUCUAUAAUAAAACCCUUCAAAUGGUUCAGACAAGUGGCGCCACCCAAAGCAGAACUGAAACUGAAUGGCAAACCAAGAAUCAACUAAAGGAGUCAAUCAAGACUAGCUUACAGGAGCAACUAUUCAGGAUCAUUCAUACUGAACUGUACUCGCUCGAACAAGUACUAACCAUAAAAACAGCAUUGGGAGAUUACGAAACGCGGACAGGCACCACCAUAUUCGACAUGGGUCAAAUUAGUGACUUACAGCACCGGGAUCCCAACGAUACGUCCAAGCUAGUUUUGUACGUGGCCAAGAUCAUGGAGUAUUCGGUGAAUCAGAUUAACUGGCUCAAAUUGUUCGAGUUUUUUGGCGAGCACAUUCGACGUAUAGAGUUAGAAUUGACCAAUAUCGUGCACAUGACAAUAUAUAAUCAAGAUAAGCAUGAUCGUGAUUCUGAAUCGUCAUUUGUGCAUGAUGCCCUACAGGGGGAGUUAGUGUGCACUCGUAUCCGCGGCGAUGGUAACUGCCUGUGGAAUUCCGUUAGCACCGCCCUCUAUGGGAAUUAUUCACGCAUGGAGUCACUGAGACUCUUAACGGCUACCACAUUAGUAAAGCACAGGGAGCUAUUUGAAAAUUACCUAGAUGAACAAAAAAGAAAGUUCGGCUAUAAUCACGAGUUAUCGUUCGAUGGGUUGAUAAGGGCCGCUAUGGACUUGCAGGUAUGGGGCGAUGAACUACAUGUAAUGGCCCUAUCAUUAGCACUGCAUAAACCCAUAUAUAGUUACGGGUCAUUACGGUUGGCAUUUGAUCCUAAGUUCCCGAGACAUUACUCUGAGCUUAAGGAGGCCUACGAACAGCAGUCCAUACAAAACCACUUUCGGUAUAUCGCCGAUGAGGCCGAUGUCGGCGCCCAACCCAUACUACUCUACUAUAACGGUAGGGAUCACUACAGUGUAGUGUUACCGGUCAGGGAUGAUGUGGUAGCACUGGUACCUCAAAUGCAAAUAUUGGAGCCUAUAUUUAAACGUGAGCUUAAAAAUACUGGUAAUUAG